AUGACAGAUACCUCCUCCCUCGCCAUCACGCACGCCACCACGGAUUCACAUCCGGGCUCCGUCUCUGCUCCUCUGGGGUCUCCGACCGCGAAUGGGGCGGUCUCCGACUCACUUGCGCCCGAUGAAGAGGAGCCAUACACCAUCAAAUGCGUCUGCGAUUUUGCCGAAGAUGACGGGAGCACGGUCUAUUGCGAAAGGUGCGAGACGUGGCAGCACAUCAUCUGCUACUACCCGGACAAGCGAGUCCCGGACGUGCACAACUGCGUGGAUUGUGAGCCUCGUCCGUUAGAUGUCCACAGCGCGACCGAACGUCAACGUCAGCAACGACUUCGAGAGCAGAACGAGGACGGGAAUCGGAAAAAGCGCUCGGCUGCAAAGUCUCACAAGAAAAAGUUUCGAGAUCGCGAACUCAACGGAUACGGAUCUCACGGGAAUGAGUCUGCGCCUCGUGAGCACCCUCCAGCGAAAAAGACGAAAACCGGUCAUCGAUCCUCAGCAUCUAUCAGUACCCCUGCUACUGUUCCACCAUUUCCCCUUGAGAGUCGAAAGCGCCGCUCAUCUAUCUCCACCGCACCAAGUCCUACCAAACUUUCUCUGCCCUCGAUUCCCCUUUUCUCCAACGAAUUUCUCCGACUCUACGACCACGAUGAUGAACGCGUGGACAUGGACAGCAAUCUCUUCGUCAAUGUCAGUUUGCUGGACAGCACAGCCACGUGGGUGAAGGAUCAGGAAGCUCUUUCAAGGGUCGCCAACGGACACUCUAGGAACAUAUUCAAUCGCUCCGAUGCUGCAUUGGACAAGACUCGCUGGCCUGCACUGAAAACGGAGACGAUCACAGACUCAUCCAUUGACUUCGGCGGGCGACACCCUACGUGGAAGAUCGUUCGCACACAGGAUGCAGUUCGAAAGGACCAUAUUGUGGGGGAGAUCACCGGCAAAGUCGGCGGUCUUGAUGACUAUUGUCUCGAUCCGAAGAACCGCUGGCCCGAGCUCCGCCACCCCGAGCCCUUCGUCUUCUUUAACCCCCAACUUCCUCUUUACAUUGAUAGUCGGCACGAAGGGAGCAUCCUCCGAUACACCCGCCGAUCGUGCAGCCCAAACGUGACCAUGAAGAUCUUCAUAACCAACGACGUCGAGUACCAUUUCUGCUUUGUGGCGAAAGAGGACAUACCGGCCAACUCCGAAAUCACAGUCAUGUGGUAUCUGGACACUCGUCUCUCCGGGUCGACUAACGGCCUCGUGAGACAACAAGAAGACAGUACGACGGAAGUUGCUGCAAUAUGCAUCAGCAAUACGCUCGCCAAUUUUGGAGGGUGUGCAUGUGAUCAGCCAAAUUGCCUUCUGGCCAGUCUCGAUCGAAGACGCAGCCCCAAGUGGCUUGACUCAUCCAAGCAAGUGAACGGCAAGCGGAAAAAAACCAGGGCGAAACCACUCACGUCCCCACGCGACCCAGCCCGGGCUCCUGCCAGUCGUGCUGGAAGUGAGACCACAAAACACCCAGAAGACGACGAUGGCGUGCUGGAGUCCCGAUCCUCCACAGGCUCAGCACGUGGUCAACCUCACAGCAGGGAUCUUAGUCCUGCCACGACUGGGCCCACAGAGCUUUCUACGCGCGAGAAACGUAAGAUUGCUGACGCCGAGAAGCAAUUCCAGCAGCUGGAGCAGCAAGAUCACCGACCCGCUGCGCACAAGAAGAAGAAACGUGCUAGUGGUCCACGCGCAGUGUCCCCUGUCAUGUCGACCCUUCCCCAGAGUGGAGCUACGGCAACCCACCGCGGCGGUACUGUGAAGCCGCUGCACCUCGAUACAACCCGUUCACACUCACCAAUGGCUGCGACGUCCCCUGGGCUCAGUGCUGGUGGCCGCAACAGAAUGUCCCGCGGGACGUCCGUGUCUCAUACGCCGUUGAUACAAUCCCCCCUGAGUCGCGUGGCCUACAGUGACACUGGUGUGCAGUGUGAUCUCGUCGAAAGCGAGGACGAGGAAAUGCACGAUGCUUCCUGUCUUCCUGACUCCGCAUUCGAGCCGAGGAGCGUACGAAUCCUAGGGCGCUUUAAAGCCGAAUGUAUGGUGGCACAGGAGCUUGCACGACAAGAGUUGUCCUCGGCUGGCUCCGAUUCUACCAUAUCAUCUGGGAAUCACUCUUCGCCUAUGUUGUCGCCUCUCACCAAACAUGAGAAGCACGAUGCUGCGCUGUCUGAUCAUGGUCUCUCCACCUCUUCUGUUGUCUUCGAGGGCCAGAAAUCAGACAAAUUGCCAGGAGCGGCUUCUAGCUUUUCAUCCCUUGUCGCCCCCACAGAAGCUUGGAAGCCUGUGAUCCCUCCUCCUUGGCCAUCUACUGCCGCACACAAUACGCGCGUGUCCCGUCUUUUCGAAAAAUCAGUGGGGCCCAUGCCUCCCCCAACCUCGCGCAGCGUCCACGAUGUUUCUACUCCGACCUCUACCUCCCAUGCAAACAUACCUUCCUUAUCUGCUUCAAACGCAAAUUCCCAUUCAGCCACACCCUCGCUUGGUGCGACAGCUUCCAACCCCACUCCCACGCCCGCCAAGAAGAAACUCAGUCUCGGAGAUUACUUGAUCAGGAGGGGCACAAUGACCACACCAACCUCUGAGAAGACACAGAGCCAGGCAUUUGCUCAUACCCAGCAGUCCCCCGUGUCUACAUUGGCAGGUGAUGCAGCUUCCACCGGCGAAAACCGAUCUUUAAUCAAACCAACACCCGAUCUCACCUCUGAACCUCAUGGGGCCCUUGAUGUUGUCAUGAAAGACGCACCAGAGUCAACCCAGCCACCUUUUUCUUCCAUACCUUCAUGA